UAUAUUUUAACACACGCCCAAAAAACUGAACGUGGCUUCCAGAAGAUGGCGACCGCUCUGGUGUUGUCGACUCCAGUCCCUACUAAUCCUGAAAAGGAACAAUGUGAAACAAUCAUUCAAAAGGUUAUGAGUCCUGAAUCCUACAUCAAGCAUCCAUUACAAAACAAGUGGGCUCUUUGGUUUUUCAAGAACGACAAAAGCAAAACAUGGCAAGCCAACCUUCGCCUCAUCUCAAAAUUUGACACUGUGGAAGACUUCUGGGCAUUGUACAAUCACAUUCAGCUAUCAAGUAACUUGAUGUCUGGCUGUGACUACUCGCUGUUUAAGGAUGGGAUUGAGCCCAUGUGGGAGGAUGGACGGAAUCGACGAGGUGGCCGCUGGCUGAUAACUCUGUCAAAGCAGCAGCGUAGAGCAGACCUGGACCGGUUCUGGAUGGAGACGCUGCUGUGUCUUGUGGGCGAGGGGUUUGAUGACCACAGUGACGACGUGUGCGGCGCCGUCAUUAACGUCCGAGCCAAAGGAGAUAAAAUAGCGAUAUGGACCACAGACUACGAAAACAAAGAUGCCAUCACACACAUAGGGCGCGUGUAUAAAGAGAGAUUAGGCGUUCCGCAAAAAGUGAUCAUCGGGUACCAGUCCCAUGCGGACACGGCCACAAAGAGCGGCUCCACAACCAAGAACAAGUUUGUCGCCUGAGGACCGUUGACCAGAGUCAUCAAACAUGCCUUAAUCUGUUGCCAACAUAGAUUUCCUGUCAUAUUUCCGUGAAUGUAACAGACACGUUUAUCCACUAACAAACACUGGAGGUGGAGAUAAAAUUGCUUCCUCUCUGUUCCCCUAUUUGUUGCCACUUUACCAAAGCUUUUGUUUGUGAUGAGGGUAUGUGCAGUUCAAAUGUAGCACUAUCGUCUGAGGACUUUAUUAUUUUUGUGGCAGUGGGCUGAAAAUGAGUAAAAUAUGUUUUGAUGCCCAGAUUUCAUUUUCAAAUGCAGCUGCGUUUUUGUGGAAAUUUAUUUAUUUAUCCUCCCCUUAGUGUGUGUCAAUUAUUUUCUUAACAUACUCAUCAUUAAAGGCAAAAAAAACAGGAAGUAAACCAUUUUCUAAUUUGGUAUCAACUGAAGCUCUUUGUUUUUUCUGUAAUGCCACUUAGUCAAUUAACAAUAUUUAUGUGUGCAUAAGUUGUUUGGAAGUUUAAACCAUACUUUGUGAACAGAAUUGACCUAGCAAAUUGAUAGAAAACUUUAUUUCAGCAGACUCAGAAGCUUAAACAUCUUUGUGCUUUUUUUAUUUUGUAAGAUAAAUAGGAGGUCUUAGUUCUAUCUGUUUAGUUUCUUGAUAUGUGAAGAGUUGAAAUUAAGAUGUUCACAAUUUUGAAGAGCAGGGAAUUAAUUCUAAAGAUACUUAUGGUGCUUCAUAAUGAGUGUCUGAAUAUUUUGAAGUUGAAUUGUUUGCCACUCAGGAAUCAAAGUAACUUUGUACCUCAGAUUUAUCACUUGAGCAAAUGUGAGCCGUUCAUACAUGAGCCCUUAUGUACUUUUUCUCUGAAACACAAUUCUCUAAAUUUUUGAGUUUGCGUGCUCGUUAAAAGAUGCCAGUGAUAAAAAACAUUUUAUAUUCAACUAUGUCUUCAAUGAGGAUAUUUUCCAAAUAUACAUUUUGUUGGUUGUCUAAUUCCUUUUUCAUGUAAAUGCACUAGCCAUAUUACAGUGAACAGCAUUAAGUUAAAAAGUUUACUUACCCGCUUGGUAUGAGUUUUGUUGAUCUACUUCUUUGAUAAAGUUUACAUAUUAUUUCCAAUGCCAGAUUUUGUUUUGUUCGUGGCAUAAGCACAAAUUGAAUUGUUUGGAGGUAUUGGAAUGUGCCUUGAAUGUAACACCAUACCCCAUAUGUAUCAGCAGUAAAUGUACAUGGGAGUGAUGUAAAUAAAACAUAUACAAUGAAGUGGGUUCUCUCAAAACAAGGUGUUUUAAUUAUUAAGUGAUUAUUUUAAUG